AUGUCACUCCUCAGCGACAUAGACGUUCCCUUCCUCCCCCUCCCCACCAGCGGGGGGUCAUGCACCGUCCACCCCCUAGUGAACAGCACGCUCACCAUCCCCGAGGCAUACGUGCUCACCCCGUAUUCCUCGACAACCGCAGCGUACAGAGUACCCGCAUUUUGCUUUCUUGUCACCCACAUGCCGUCGGGUAGGAGGAUCAUGUAUGAUCUUGGGGUGCGCAGGGACUGGAAGGAGGCUUAUCCGAGGGAGGUGAUGCUUAUGGCCCGGGAUAUGUGGGCUGCGGACGCGCACGCUGAGACUGCGGAGCUGCUUAAGCAGGGAGGGGUAGACCCAGAGAGUGUGGAUACGAUCGUAUUCAGUCAUUUCCACUGGGAUCAUACGGGCAACAUCUCCCAUUUCCCUAGGGCGUCACUUGUCGGCGGACCGGGGACGCUGGGUGGGGGAGAGACAGGUGGGUUCAGAGGCGACCUUGUCGAGCAGAUCGAAGCCGCAGGGAGGAAGACAAGUCCGAUCGAUUUUGACAGGGAUAAGACGGAGAAAGUGGGCUCGUUCGACAAGUGCUUUGAUCUGCUGGGGGAUGGCAGCGUCUGGGUCGUCCAAACUGCCGGGCAUACGAUGGGCCAUGUUUCCCUUCUCGUGCGGACGAGUUCUGGGCCAGACAGCUGGAUACUCCUAGGCGGGGACACAGCGCACCACCCUGCACUCCUCUGCCCUUGCUCGCAGCACACGAUCAGCACUGAUUUCCGGCCCCCUUCCGAGCCCGACACGGUACGGACGAUGCACCUCGUCCCCCAACAGGCGUGGAACAGUAUCCUCCGCACGAGGCGGAUGGAAAAAGAGGACAACGUCAUGGUUGUCGUUGCGCAUGAUUACCUGUAUUGGAGGGAGUGGGAGAAGAAGGGGCUGAUUUGGCCUGGUAGGGGACUGGGGGAGUGGAAGAAGGAGGGGCUGAAGAUGCAGAGAGAGUAUAAACCGGAGGGGUAUGAGAGGCAGUGA